AUGACGAAGGGCAUGAAGGUCCGCUUGCUCCGUGACGCCUCAGCCGCGACACGCUCGAACACGCCUUGCGCGGUUGACGUAGGGGAGGGACGGACGGGGUUGUCGCCUCUUCUUGCUUGCGAUUGGCAGUUUUACUACGGUUUCGACUCAGGCUGCCGCCGUGUCGACGGCCGGACGCUUUCCGACAUCAUAGCUCCUAGAGAGGCUGGCGGCGACCGACUCAUGGCAGUCUCCUCGUGGCGACUUGCAGGGUACGCGUGA